CUUUAAAAAAAGGUUAAAAAUCUGGGGGUGUCUUAUACACGGAUAGUGCAUAUGCCCAUUUUCUAAAUUUGGGGUCCCCAAAAGUAGGGGGCAUCUUAUACAUUGAAAAAUACGGUAUAUUUCCCCUACAACACAACACUGAUACAAAACUUAGACAUUCAAGCGAAAAGGUGCAAUUGUAAACAUCCCUUCAGCUUGCUAGCAGAGAGUUUUAAAUUUUAUCUGUUUCCCUUCUUCCCAGCAAAAUGUCGGACAAAGAAGAGGCGGCAGGAGAGGGUUUCCAGAGACAAAAGGCCGCACCAUCUCUGCAGAAAGAUUGGAUCCCGUCCCCUUGGAGGGAAGGACAACUUCAAACCGUUGCCGUUGAAGAGCCUCUUCCUUCUCCAGAGCUCUCUGGAUCGGCUAGUGGUACCACACAAGGAAAGGCACACCUUCUGCCCUCAGCUUCUUUUAAGGAGCCACUCCUGGAUGGAUGGGAUCAACCAAUCAAAGAUGUUUCUGAUGCACAACUGGAGAAGCAAAAGGAAACCUUGCCUGUUCUCCCAGUUUCUUCUGUAAAACCUCGGCCUGCUGAAAAUGAAGUUUCCCACACACAACGCUGUGCCGCUAUUACCAGUGAUAUUUGUGAAAUGCUUAUUGGAGAAGACGUGCGGUACCAAGGCUGUAUGAGCAGUGUGGCAGCAUUCAUACUGGAGAGAGAGGUUGCCAACAGCCCAAGCUCCUACAAGGAGACCUACGAGGUGGUUGCCCUGGGAACAGGAGAUGUAUGCUAUGAAGGCUGGAUGGAGUUCCAAGGCAGGAGAAUCCAUGAUAUGCAUGGGCUAGUGGUUGCCCGCAGAGCACUUCUGAGGUACUUAUACAAGCAGCUACUGAUGUACUGCUGCCAAGACCCCACCGCCCUUGAGAAGUGCAUCUUCCGCCUGGCAGAGGACGGGGUGCAUCUGACUCUGAAACCAAAUUACUUUCUGCAUCUCUACCUGAGUCGGAGGCCCAAAGGAGCUUCCGAGAACACCCGGAUUGUGUCUCCGCAGCCGAAUCCAUCCAUUGGGCUCCACAUCAGCGCUAAAGGGGUGCUCAGGCCCAUCUCGUACUGCCGCCCCAGCACGCUGUCUGCCUACGUCUACUGUGUCUCCAGCAGCGACAAGCUGACCCGCUGGAGCGCCUUGGGAGUGCAGGGGGCCCUUCUCAGCCACAUCAUCCACCCUGUGUACAUCACCAGCAUUGUCCUAGCUGAUCCUUACCAAGACCACGACACCCUCCAUAAGGUCAUCAAUGAGCGACUGAACCUGGCAACCCCGGAUAGCUUGCCAAAGCCAUUUAACCACAGGCAGAUAUACCUUUUUAAGGGUCCCUGUGUCGCUUCCCUUGACACGCCAGCAGAGUUUCGCUCCUUGAGCUUCAACUGGUGUGGGGGAGAUGAGAUGCUGGAACUAGUGAAUGCAGCUGUUGGGAAGGCAGUACAGGACAUGGCAAAUCCAUGUGACCAGUUCCACCCCAGUCGGCUCUGCAAGGCUGCCAUGCUGAAAUCCUUCAGGAAGGUGGCUGAGGAGAUGAAGAGAGACGACUUGAUGCUGCUGCCCACAUAUUAUGAAGCCAAGGUCAAAGCUGAGGUCUAUCAGACAGCCAAGCGCCAGGUGUUUGCCCAGCUGAGCUCGCAAGACUUUGGCAAGUGGCCCCAAAAGCGGUUGGUGGACAUCUUCCCCAGUUAGAGUGCCCUGCCAGCUAAGCUACUGCCUGCAUAUUGAAGACAUUUCAGGCUUAAGGUGGAUGCAUGAGUGGGUGUGCACAAGGCUGAUAAAUCUUCACCCAGCAAAUGGAGAGCUGUAAACGUUGCUGUACUUUUGAGGUGGAUGGGGCUAUAAAUGUUUAAAUACAUUGUUUUGCUGUGAUGCCGUUUUCACAGUGGUCCUUUCCUAUGAUGGAAUAGGAAAGUUGGGUGUGUAACUGAGGCUAAAAGUUCUGACAACAUUUACUUAGAAUUCUACUUUUUCUUUGUACCUGCUUUGGGGCUGUGUCCAAACACAGCCACAAACUAUGGUGAUUGUUAUGGGAAUGAGGCACAGAAAGCCCUGAGCUCUCCCACUCCCCUGUCUCUCCUCUGGGAUGGGUAAUGAAACAGGCUUGUUUCAACACAGACCAUCGUUAAGAUUAACCUCGGUUUAGGAUUUGCACGUAAUGACAGGCUAUAGUUAAUCAAAAAAGGAAGUGAAAGCUUCUGAUCUCUCAACCCUGCUGGAGGAAGAGAGCAGGCAGUGUGCAGCCUCUCUCUGCAGUUUAUUCCUGGAAUAAUAUACAAUGGGCUGUUCAACCAUAGUUUAUUGUUACAUUUGAAUUCAGUUUCUGUCUCUGUGUGUUGCAGGAAGGUCAGGGUAACAACAUGUGACAUACGCAUGAGUUGCACAACCCAUGUGAGAAGGAGACCGUGUGACAAACUACUCUGUACCUCUAUAAAGACUGCACAUUUCCUUGAUCUUUAAAUAUGCACACACUAAUCUCAGAGAACACGUAAGCAAGCGUCUUCAGAUUUCAUUACUUUGGAUUUGAAGGCUCUUUAUUUAUUUAUUUAGCUAUUUGCAAUUGAAACUUUAACAGUUAAUGGCAGGAUCCAGUUGAGCAUCCUGGGCCAAUUUUUCACUUAAACUUGGUUUCUGUCAGCUCCUCUCCACAAUUUUUUACACUAUGGUUCUGUUUCAUGGUGGAAAUGAAUGAGAAAUUGUCACACAUUCAGGUUGUACUUAACUGGAUGUGUUUUAUGACAAGGGGUUUGAGAUCUGGCCAUUUUGUGUUUGUUUGGAAAUGCACUUCUUUUGGCUGCUAAUUUUGUAGAACAGUCUUUGCAGACAUGACCACUGAAGUAAAGAAUUGCGAACCUUAGAAUUUCUGUGUGGCUGCUUGUGCAAAUCGAGGCAAAGCUGUGAACUUUACCUAUUACUCUAAAAUAGUACCUAGCGUGUCUUGUUAACUGCAUUGCCAGGCUUUCUGUACAAACUCUGAAUGCUUUGAUCUAAAUGAGAUGUCCUGGUGACCUUAUUUCAGACACUGAUGCACUGGUUUGAGCACCAUUGUUGAAAAAUGGUAUACAAAUAAUAAGAUUGUGAUGAUUUGGAGCUUCAGGGGCUCAGAAGUUUGUGAUCUCAUGAGUGAGAAAUGAGUAGCAGUAGUAACAACAACAAGCACAUUUAUAUGGUGCUUUAGAGCAGAUGGUGGCUAAUAUUUUUUGGCCUGAGGAUGAGGUCCACAUUCAUCCUUUGCCAGUCCCCUGGGAGCUCCAUGCCAGCAGUGGAUGUGGCCAGUCCACACUCUUGGACACAGGCUCUUGUAUGCUUGCACACAGCCCCCCCAUGCCCCUGCUAACCUUCCCCCCUGCUAUGUGGGGAUCAGCUAGGGACGGGGGGGCUAGUGCUCCAUCUCUGCUUAUCAGGGCAACUUGGGCUCUCUCCAUCGCAGCACACUCUAUUAUCAUUUUUCUUUUUGUCACCAGUGUCAAAAUUGGUGGAGUCAGGGUGGAGGGACAGGACAUUUGCUGGUGGCGUAAGUUAGGCCAUCCCUUGCUUUAGAAUCUUCAAAAUACUUUCAACACAUGUUGCAGGAAUCCUUUCAAUGAACUUGCCAAAUAGUUUACUGUUAUCCCCAUGUCUUGAGGACCACCUCCUCCCAGAUGAAUCUGCCUGUGCAAUUGGAUCAAGACGGGUGGCUCGGCUCUGCCGUCUUUCGCUGGUGAAUUUCACCGGGGGGGGGGGCACCUGGCUUCUUAUAUUCUCUAGCAGGCUGCAUGGGGAAUUCCAAUAGAUUUAUUUAAUGUCAAAUAUCUUUUUAAAAAUAAAAAUGUCUGGAGCUGUGAACAAUAGCAAGGUUUAAAAUGCAAACCGUAAAACAGUGUAUCAGAUAA